AGCAGAAAUGAAAGCACAAGGAGUCUGGAAGGGGACGAAUCAAAACAAACCCUUUUUCUCAAAUUGAUUUACGCUAAAGAAUAAUUGAACUCUACAACCACUCUGAAAUAUCCGAUAUUUUUAAACCCAUCUGUCUGCUUGAAUAGUUGACCUGUGUUAUUCUUUCAUGAGGCGAUGGUCGUUUAUCAAUGGGAAUAGUCAGGAAUCUUGUGCAGCAUUGGAGUGUUAUUCGUCAGAGACCGGUUACAAAACACCAUAAGAUCAUGUCACGCCAACUUCACGCACGGAGAGUAGAAGGUGUAGACAAAAACGUCUGGGUUGAGUUCACUCAGCUGGCAGCGGACUAUAAAGCAGUGAACCUUGGACAGGGAUUUCCAGACUUCUCCCCUCCUAAGUUUGUCCAGGAUGCCUUCUGUGAAGCUGUGAGAGGAGGACCCCAAAUGCAACAGUACACCCGGGCAUUUGGCCAUCCCCAUCUUGUAAAAAGUCUGGCUAAAUUCUUCAGCAGGAUUGUGGGACAUGAGAUCGACCCAUUUGAGGACAUCCUGGUCUCGGUCGGAGCUUAUCAGGCUCUCUUCUGUGCGUUUCAGGCACUGGUUGAUGAAGGAGAUGAGGUCAUAAUUGUGGAGCCGUUCUUCGACUGCUACCAGCCCAUGGUGAAGAUGGCCGGUGGAACACCUGUGUACAUACCUCUGAGACCUAGAGCUGAGGGGAAUAGUGUCCUGUCAAGUGGAGACUGGGUUCUUUGCGCUGAGGAGCUGGCCAGUAAAUUCACCCCACGCACAAAAGCUAUUGUUAUCAAUACUCCCAACAACCCAUUAGGCAAGGUGUACAAGACUGAGGAGCUCCAGAUGAUCGCUGAUCUGUGUAUUAAACAUGACGUGCUGUGCAUCAGUGAUGAGGUGUACGAGUGGCUGACCUAUGACGGAGCCAAGCAUGUAAAGAUAGCCAGUCUUCCUGGCAUGUGGGAACGAACCAUCACUAUUAGCAGCGCCGGAAAGAGCUUCAGUGCUACUGGAUGGAAGGUUGGUUGGGCUAUUAGCUCCGGUCAUAUCAUCAAACACUUGAAAACCAUCCAUCAGAACUCAGUUUACCACUGUGCAACUGCAGCUCAGGAAGCGGUAGCUCACGGUUUUGACCGAGAAUACGAGGUGUUUGGGAGUCCACAGAGCUACUUCCAGCAGCUGCCUGCGAUGCUGCAGCACAAACGAAAGAAGUUGGCCAUGUGUCUGGACAGUGUUGGUUUGAAGCCCAUCAUGCCAGAGGGAGGAUAUUUUAUGGUGGCAGACAUCUCCUCUCUCAAGGUGGACUUAAAAGACGAGAGCAGCAAAGAUGAAUCCUAUGACUUCAGAUUUGUCAAAUGGCUAACGAAAGAGAAGGGUUUAGCCACCAUCCCUGUGUCUGCAUUCUACAGUCCAGAACACAGCAAGGACUUUGACAAAUUUAUACGAUUUUGUUUCGUCAAGGAGGACGCUACCCUGGAUGCAGCUGCGGAUAUAUUGAGGAAGUGGAGUUCUACAAAGUAACACUUCCCACAAUAUCAUUGCUGCUAUUUACCUCCCGUCCAUCCUGAUUUGUCCAGGGUUAAAGUAAUAUUUUAAUUCAUUGUGUUCUGUUUGUGACAGGUACACAAACUCAGUAUUCACUUACAUUUCCUCCAUGAACUGCACUACUGUAAAAUUUUAAAAAAGCUUUGAAAGAAAUAAAUAUAUAUAUUGAGACAAAUAGAAAAUAAUAAACAAAUGUGAUUUUUUUUUGCUCUGUGCAAUAACUCUAAGCAGAAAACUGUACAAGUUCUAUUUUUCAUAAUAAUAUUUUUGAAAUAUUUAGAUGCUUCAAGUUGAACUGAACCUGUUUUGCUUAUUACACGUUAAGUGCUGAGAUUGUAGUUCUGGAUCAAACUGCGAAAAACAUUAAUAAAGUUUUACAAAUUC